AUGAUGAAAGAUGUUCACCAAAUGAGAGGUCCUGAACUAAUUCAGAACAAAUUACAGUAUGGAGACUAUGGUAUUCAGGCUGUGACUGGUGGCAGGAUUAAUCACAAGGUCAGUGAGGCAGUUCGAACGAUUGUCAUUAAACAGAUGGAUGAAAAGAACAUGUUUGCUGUUUGGCGGUUCUCUCACCUUUGGCAGUCAGUCACAAAAAAGGGACAGGGUCAACGAAUGGGUGGAGGAAAAGGUUCCAUUGAUCAUUAUGUGUUUCCAUUUCGAGCAGAAAGAAUAAUUUUGGAAAUGGGAGGUCAUUGUGAAUUUGUAGAAGUCUACCCUGUUUUGAAAGCGAUUCAAAAAGAACUGCCAUUCCUGUCCAGGAUCGUGACACAUGAGAAAAUGGCGCAGAGGGAGGAGCAGGAAAAGUUCACAGAAGAAAACAAUCUGAAUAUUUUCACGUUCAAGUUUUGUGCACAAAAUAACAUACUGGGCUGCCAAAAGUUUCUUAACAGAUAUGAUAAUAUGUGGUAUGGAAAAUAUAGAUAA